AAGAAUGUCGGUCGCGUCCUCAGACUCUGACUUGGAGUUCCAGUCGUACUCGGAGCGCACGCUGGCGCUGAUCAAGCCGGAGGCUCUCGAGGAUGCCGAAGCUAUAGAGAACCACAUUCGGAACAACGGCUUCGCCAUACUUGCUAAACGACAAGUCCACUUGACUCCGGAGCAAGCGGCGGAGUUGUACAAGGGCCACUACGGGCGCCACCACUUCCCGCACUUGGUGGCGCACAUAUCCCGAGCGCCGGUCAUCGCGCUAGUGCUCGCAGCUCGCAACGCUAUACAGAAGUGGAGGACGCUUAUGGGACCCGCCAGGGUGGAGGAGGCUCAAGCGUACUGGCCGGACAGCCUGCGCGCUUGCUACGGGCGCCGCAGCGCGUUCGGCGAGUACUUCAACGGUCUGCAUGGCAGCGAGAACCUCGCAGAGGCAGUCAGGGAGAUACACUUCUUCUUCCCCACUAUGGUAGUGGGGCCAAUCCUCCGGCGCUGGCAAGUGAAGGACUACAUCCAGAAGCACCUGACGGAGGUGCUGACUGGCGCGCUGACGGCGCUGGCGCACGAGCGGCCGGCCGAGCCCGUGCUGUGGCUGGCCGAGUACCUGCUCGACAACAACCCCAACGAGCCGCGCGUGGCGCCGCAGCCGCGCGACUUGCGGGCGGACGAGCGGUGCGUCACCCCCAGGCCCAGUGUGCUGACCAAUGACUAA